CUCUCUCUCUCUCUCUCUCUGUUUCUCUCUUCUUCUUUCUUUUCUGAAAGCUCUUUUGGGCGCCCUCGUUUAUUGACCAUGGAAGACAAGCGUUAAAGAGUUUUCAUCUCCUUCCUUCCUUCCCUUCCUCCUUCUUCUUCAGAUUUAUAUACAGGAGACAAGAAACGUGUUGCGAUUCCGGGGUUAUUGUCUGGUUUUGUGUUUGUGUCGGAUUUUACGAUUCUUGUGAGUUUGGUUUCUGGGAAAUGAUGAUGAUGUUUGAUGAGAUGGGGUUUUGUGGUGAUCUGGAUUUUAUAUCUGCAACUCCUGGGGGAGAUGUGGCUAUCCCGCAGGCUGAAACCGAGGCGACUAUGGAGGAUGAUUACACUGAUGAUGAGAUCGAUGUCGACGAGCUCGAGAGAAGGAUGUGGAGGGAUAAGAUGAGACUCAAGAGACUCAAGGAGCAGACCACUAAGGGUGGUAAGGAGGUGAUGAUCACCGUGAAGCAGAGGCAGUCGCAAGAGCAGGCGAGGAGGAAGAAGAUGUCGAGGGCCCAAGAUGGGAUUUUGAAGUACAUGUUGAAGAUGAUGGAGGUUUGUAAAGCGCAAGGCUUUGUGUAUGGUAUUAUUCCAGAGAAAGGGAAACCGGUCACUGGGGCGUCGGACAAUCUUCGUGAGUGGUGGAAGGAUAAAGUCAGGUUUGAUCGUAAUGGACCGGCAGCUAUUUCCAAGUACCAAGCUGAUAACGCCAUUCCUGGCAGAAAUGAUGGGUGCAACCCAAUUGGUCCGACACCUCACACCUUGCAAGAGCUUCAAGACACCACUCUGGGAUCCCUCUUGUCAGCACUUAUGCAGCACUGUGAUCCUCCACAGAGGCGGUUUCCUCUAGAGAAAGGUGUUCCGCCACCGUGGUGGCCCUCUGGAGAUGAGGAAUGGUGGCCUGAACUGGGAUUGCCCAAGGAUCAGGGCCCUCCCCCAUACAAGAAGCCACAUGACUUGAAAAAGGCAUGGAAGGUGGGUGUUCUGACUGCAGUUAUUAAGCAUAUGUCUCCUGAUAUCGCCAAGAUUCGUAAGCUUGUGAGGCAAUCUAAAUGCUUGCAAGACAAGAUGACAGCUAAGGAGAGUUCUACCUGGCUGGCCAUCAUCAACCAAGAAGAGUGCCUGGCCCGAGAGCUUUACCCCAAUUCCUGCCUCCCUUUGUCUUCAGCUGGAGCUAGUGGAUCUUUGGUGAUUAACGACUGUAGUGAGUAUGAUGUUGAAGGGGCUGAAGAUGAGCCAAACUUUGAUGUGCAGGAGUGUAAGCCUGAUAAUCUUCAGUCACUGAAUUUUGGGAUGGAAACAAUGAGGGAAAGGCUUCAAGUCCAUCAAUCGGCUUCCUUUCCGAUCAAAGGGGAAGUCAUCACAAACUUAGAUUUCAUGAGGAAAAGGAAGCCUUCCAGCGAUCUGAACAUGGUGGUGGAUCAGAAGGUCUACACCUGUGAGUUCAGUCAGUGUCCUUACAGUGAAGUUCGUCAUGGUUUUCAUGACAGAACUUCCAGGGACAAUCAUCAAUUGAGUUGCCAAUUCGGUAACAGGUCUUCCGAGUGUGGGGCAUCAAAUCUCCUUGUCAAUGAGAUUAAACCAGUCAUCUUUCCCCAUUCCUUUGUCCAAAACAAGGCAGCAACUACUUCAGCCAAGCCAAUGCUACCAUCCUUUGAUCUAUCAGGAGGAGUUCCCGAGGAUGGGCAGAAAAUGAUCAGCGAUCUUAUGUCUUUCUAUGAUAGUAAUGUUCAAGGUGACAAGAAUGCAAAUCCAAACAACCUGGCGACCAAUGGUACGAGUUUUUCUCAACCUAAAGUGGCACAUCAACAGGAUGAAUUCUUCUGUGGUCAAGGGGCUAGGUUGGAAGGGAAUUUCUUUGAAGAGUCUAACAUCUCCAGUAAUCCACAUGUAUUUACUCGAGAGGAAGGUCAAUUCGACCAGUUCAAGGUUAUGAGUUCUCCAUUUGAGACCAACCAUAAUAAUAACUUUCCCAUGAUGUUUGGGUCCUCAUUUGACUUGGCCUCGUUUGAUUACAAAGAAGAUCUACAAGCGUUGGCAAUGCCAAUGGAGAAGCCGCUGGAAACUUCAAUCUGGUUCUAGUGAAAAGGAGAACUCUGCAGAGUAUCUAGCCCCACAACUGCACACAAGAGGUUCAUUGGUAAUAUAAUUCAUGUGCUGAAACCUUACUUGAGUUAAGAGGGUUGCUACUCAUUUGUUAUAAUGUCAUAUGUAUCCUAGUAGAAUGAAUCAAGAUUAACAGCCUUACAGAUGGAAAUCAACAGGCCAAUAAUAGAAGAAGUGGGAAGGGUUGUACAAGCUACCCUUUUGUUAAUCAUUAAAGUAUUAACUGUGAUAUAAAUAAGUAGGUUGGUUUGUUUAACUUUAUAUUUAUUUUUCUUUUCUGCUCAGAUCAACCAUGGUGAUGGUUAGGAAUCUGAGUUUGUUGCUGCUGUUGUUGUCCUCGUGUAGGGCUGUCCAUGUAAUAGGUUCUUUGAAUUGAUCAAACUGUUGGUAAUGUAAUGUGGUUCCCAACUAUGAUCAUGGAUUCUUUUGGCUGUCUUUUAUAGUGCUUAUCUCUUGCAUAUUA